CACACACAGCACAGCAGCAGUAACAGACGCGCUCUCGCCGCCGCUCGCCACCCGCGGGCUUAUCUGCGUGUGCGUCUCUCCCUCCCUCCCUCCCCGCGACGGUCUGCGCGAGCAGCAGAUCUGCGUUGGGUGCCGAUCCAAUCCAAUCCAUCCAUUCCACCCCCGUCUCUUUCCCCUUUCUCCCUCCCGUCGCGUCGCCUCGUAGUCGUCCCUGCUGUUCUCCACCGAGCGAGCAAAAAAAUCCUUAGCGGCCAAGGCUUCCGGGCUCGGGGGAGAACUGAAGAGCGAGGAGAGUAUUGAAACGCAUUACGAAGGGGGGGAGUUUGCGAGAAAGGAGGACGGCGCACUCGGUCGCUGGUGGUGGUGUGAGAAGUAGUAGUAGUAGUAGUAGCUUUCGGUGGCGAGCGUCUCCAUAAAGCAGCGGCAAAGAUAGGUAGGGUCGUCGUCGUAGGGGUGCCGGAGCGACAAGAAUCUGCAGAUAUUCAUCAUUCACCUGAGCGCGCCGCGCAGAGAUUAAAGCAAAGUUGGCGAUUUCCUUUCUUCACCAUUCUGUGGAAGUGCUCGUCAGGUAAUGCCCGCAUUGGAAAAUCCUUCAUGGAUGUUCGUGCGGUGAAGAGCAGGUCCUUGCUCUCGGUGGUUGCCGUCGUCUUGCUGCUGCUCUCCGCCGCGCUGCCGCUGUCGCAGUCUUACACUUAUGAGCAAGAUGUGUUUGCUAUAAAUGGCUUGUACACUGCACUUGGAUCGCCUUCAGUGCCUGGAUGGAUUACAAACGGUGGCGAUCCCUGCAAUGAAGGCUGGCAGGGUGUUGAAUGCGUGGUCUCAAAUAUUACCUCCAUAGUUCUCAAUGGUGCAAAUUUAGGGGGACAAUUGGGUAACACUCUAGGGAAUUUCACGUCGCUAAUAACCUUAGAUCUGAGCAACAAUAAUAUCGGUGGAACCAUACCAGAUAACCUGCCAAUCACAUUGCAGCGUUUUUUCCUUUCUGGUAACCAGCUAAGUGGCAGUAUUCCAAAUACAUUGUCAACACUUACACUUUUGACAGGCUUGUCCCUCAAUAACAACCAUUUAGUUGGAGAGAUACCAGAUGCAUUUUCAACGUUAACUGGACUUGCAAAUUUGGAUUUUUCUUCCAACAAUUUGACUGGUCCUUUGCCACCUUCCAUGGGAAACUUGAAAGCAUUGACUAGCCUGCAUAUUCAGAAUAAUCAAAUAACUGGGAUCCUUAAUGUGCUGCAAGAUCUCCCUCUCCAGGAUUUGAACAUAGAAAACAAUCUUUUCUCUGGUCCUGUGCCUGUGAAGCUACUGAACAUGCCAAACUUUAAGAAGGAUGGGAACCCAUUCAAUACCAGCAUAGCCCCAUCAGCAUCGCCCCCCGCUGCAUCAACGCCAUUACCAUCAGUAUCACCUCCAGCAGGGCAUCUCCCCACAAAAGAACCUUCAAAUUCUUCUAAUGCAGCAGAAGGGAAUACUCCAUCAAGAAAACAUACUGUUUCUGCAGUCAAAUUUGUUGGAUACAUUCUUGUUGGGGUGGUAUCAGUGGUAGUUCUCGUGCUAAUGGUGAUGUUCUGUUUAUCCAAGUACAAAGAAAGAAAGUCGAGAGAUGAUGCGUAUACAAAAAAACAGUUAGGAAGGUCUCCUCAAAAGCUUAAGGAACCUAAAAUCAAGGAAGUUUCAGACAUCAAGGAACCCCCUGUUAAACUCAAGAAUAAUGCUGGAAAAGCUUCAAAUGUGAUUUCUCAUGUGAGGGAGGAGCAGAAGUUGAAUGUGUCAACAGCAGCAGCUUCAGAUGCAGUUUAUAAUGCAAAGGAAGGGCGGAAGCCAGGUUCAUCAUUGCCAGCUGCUCCUAGGGUGGUUGCAAUGAAACAAAUAGAACAUGUGAUUGAUAUGGAAAAAUCAGAUAAUUUUGUGGAGGAACCACUCCAUCCACCACAGUCUGCUGUACUGCGUAAUGAAAAAGUCAAUGUCAAUCCCAGCGUGCGUACUAGAAAGGGAAGAGUACCUUCAGUUGGGAAAUUGGAGUUAACAACUACCGUCAAGUCAUUCUCUAUUGCAUCCCUUCAGCAAUAUACCAAUAGUUUCAAUGAAGAAAAUUUGAUAAGAGAUAGCAGGUUUGGUAAGGUAUAUCUGGCAGAGCUUCCAGACGGAGAGCUACUGGAAGUUUUGAAGAUUAGUGCUGUUAACUCGAGAAUACCGGUGGAUGCCUUUCUAGAGCUAGUUGUGAACAUAUCUGAACUGACGCAUCCUAACAUACUCAGGCUUGUUGGAUACUGUGCGGAGUUUGAUCAGCGAUUACUUGUGUAUGAGCACUGUAGCAAGAUGACUCUACAUGAUGAACUUCAUUACGUUGAUGACUCAAACAAGGCACUAUCAUGGAAUGCACGCCUCCAAGUUGCUGUGGGGGCAGCAAAAGCAUUGCAAUAUCUUCACGAUGGCUGUCAACCUCCAAUUGUACAUCAGAAUUUUGAACCAUCUGUUGUUCUUCUCAACAGCACUUUAGUUGUGCAUAUUUCUGAAUGUGGCCUUGCGGCACUGUCAUCAAAAUCAGCAUCUCAGUUGUCUGGCCAUAUGCGCACUUUAUUCCAUUAUGAAGCCCCUGAAGUGCAUGAAUCUGGAUCAUUAAGCGAUCGAAGUGAUGUUUACAGCUUCGGAGUUGUCAUGUUGGAACUUCUUACUGGGCGUAAACCUUAUGACAGUUCACGUCCACGUGCUGAGCAACAUCUGGUGCGGUGGGCAAGUUCUCAGCUUUACGAUAUUGAUGCUAUAUCAAAGAUGGUAGAUCCCUCCAUUCGAGGGCAGUGUUCUGAAAAGGCAUUGUCUCGUUUUGCUGACAUUAUCAGCAGUUGUAUUCAGCAUGAGCCAGAGUUUAGGCCCUCAAUGUCUGAAGUUGUCCAAGAUUUAACUCGUAUGGUGAGUGAUUCAACAAAGGCUUCCAUGUAGGCGCUUUCAAAAGGAUGACAAACCUGGAACCCUCGAUCAGUUGGUCCAUUGAUGAAAUUUCAAGAGUUAUCAAGUCAUAUUUCCCGCUUGCGAAGAUGGUGUUGAUCAUUCAUGCCGUCGAUAGGCGUAGGCCGAUCAAGGAAAGUCCAAGCAGCGAACUUGUGAAGCGGUGAUGUGCAGAUUCCUGCAAUUUUUUACCCUUUCCCCUAGCCAUUUAGCCAGUGAUGCUCCUCCGUGAUCUCUCUCUAUAGUUAUGUAGCCAGUACUCUGCUAUCAAUACUUCGAAGUGCCUGGUUUCGUUUCAGAUCACAUGACGUGAUCUGCGUAGUUUUUAAGACGGUAUUCCAUAUGUAAAUAUACUCAGAAGUGAAGAAAACUUUGUAUGUCAGUAUUGCGACUUUAUUCCUUUGUAUGUCAAUGUGUUGAGUUUAUUAUGACGGUUUGACGCAGAUACAUUAAGGAAGUCGGUUAGCUACAUCAGUUCUGGCAAAUCUCUGGCAUAUCUGUAUAUUUUCCUCACCAUUCAAUGUGUACCAGGCUGAUAUGAAUAUCUGAUAUUCUAGUCUGAUCUGAUAUUGAUGAUCUCUUCG